AUGAAUAAUAAGCUCACUUCUCCUACCGUAUUUUUUUCUCGAGAUGAGUUAGUGAAUUACUUACCUUGGAACGCUUUGAUUGAUGCCCUUAGGGACAUCUUCACGAAAGCAAUUGAAUGUCCCCCCAGACUCCACUAUCCCAUAGAAAGCUCUGUGAAUGAACAUGAAGCUCAUGGUACCAUGUUGAUCAUGCCUUGUUGGUCUCCUGGUGAAUACAUUGGCGUCAAACAGGUAAACGUUUUUCCCAACAACAGUAAAAAGAACCUACCAAAUCUUUCCAGCCAUUAUCUUUUAAGCGAUGCAAAUACUGGUAUCCAUUUAGCUCAACUCGAUGGAGGAGAACUCACAUCUCGAAGAACUGCUGCUGCCUCUGCUCUUGCAUCUAAGUACUUGUCUAGAAAUGAUGCAACCUCGCUUCUGAUUUUAGGAUCUGGCAACGUUGCUAAAAAUCUUAUUUACGCUCAUUGCUCUGUUCGCCCCAUCAAAAAGAUUACUGUUUGGAACCAUCGGUUUGAGAACGCUAUAGCUCUCGUAAAAUCAAUUUCUGGUGACUUUCCUUCAAUCAAUUUGUGCGCUGUUAAUGAUGAAGAUUUGGAACACACCGUUAGAGCUUGUGAUAUUAUUUCGUGCGCAACCUUGAGUACAUCUCCUAUUGUGAAAGGUUCAUGGAUUCAGCCCGGUACUCAUAUAGAUUUAGUAGGCGGUUUCACUCCAAAAAUGCAUGAAGUUGACUCCGCUUGUGUUUCUAAAGCGAGCGUUUUUGUCGAUACAAGAGCCGGUGCACUCUCUGAAGCUGGUGACCUAUUAACACCAAUUAAAGAAGGUGCAUUCUCUCCCGACGAUGUCCAAGCUGAUUUAUUUGAUUUAAGCAAUGAGCAUCACAAGGGACGUGCUCAAUUAACUAACUUCCAAGGUGCCAUAACCCUCUUUAAGUCUGUAGGAGACUCGAGAGAAGACCUUGCUGCAGCUACUUUAGCUUAUAACACACAUAAAAACAAGAGACUAUAA